AUGGGCACGUGUUCAUGGGCGGCGGUAAUCACUUACCAUCAGGGCCACCUUGACACCAACACGCUGGACUUGAGGAAGAAGGAGCACCGCCACCUGGUGCUCCAGAUAGCGCUCAAGUGCGCCGACAUCUCCAACCCUUGCCGGCCGUGGGAGAUCAGCCGCAAGUGGAGCCUCAAGGUCUGCGAGGAGUUCUUCAGGCAGGGCGACUUUGAGCGCAAGCUGAAUCUCCCCGUGACGGCGUUGUGCGAUAGACACAAUAACUCCAUACCGAAAAUACAAACAGGGUUUUUCAAGUUUGUAGUCACGCCUCUGAUAACAGAGUGGCACAGAUUCCUGCAGAACGAUCUCUCCACGCAAAUGUUGGACAACCUCGUCUACAAUCAGAAAAAAUGGGAGGCGCUUCAUGCUAAAGAGAUGGCGGACGAGACGCGCACAGAAAUAUCCGACGCGGAUGUUGCGGAAGACGACGCGGAGACGUGCUCGUUCACGAACAUGUCCGACAGCUCCGAGCUGUUGCUGCCGGUGCGCAGGAGCUCCCUGAACCCCGUCAAGCCCGGCUUCAAGGAGCAGCUCAGGCGCUUCUCGGUGCCCCUAAACGUGUUCCAAGACGCCAAGUUCAAGGGGCGCGACAGGAGCCGCGCCUCGCCCAGCGGCGAGUAUCGCCACGAGAGUCCCGCCGACAGCGAGUACUCGCUGCAGUCGCACCUGAGCACGCGCUGCUACGAGCCGAGCGCGGAGAAGGCGCCGAGCACCGAGAAACUGCUGUCCGACUCGACGAUCGCUUCGAUCACGACGCCCGUUCAGGCGACGCGGCUGAGCACGGUGGCGAAGGAGGGCGGCGGCUGGAAGCUGGUGCGCCAGCAAACGUUCCCGCCGCUCGAGACCACGGGCCGCGAGCACGCGCUCAUGGCCCGGCCUCUAUAUACGAGCGACGAGGACGCGAUAUACCCGUCGCGGCUCACGAGGCCCGACUUCCUGCAACGCCUGGAGAGCAUGCGCGACGGCCGCUUCAGCCUGUUCAGGAAGAGCGAGACGGAGCGAUACGAGGACGCGCCAGACGGCAACGGCGCGGAGGGUGCCGGCAGCCAGCUCAGGGACAACCUGACGGCGGCCACCCUGGGCGCCCUCGCCACCGACCAGCUGCUGCGGCGCAGGAAGUCCAUGCCGACCGAGGCUGUCGCCUACGCGCACAAGGAGAAGAAGGUGCGCGAGGUGACGGCGGCCAUACCGCAACUGCUGCGCCGCACGCUCUCCGGCAAGGAGUGCUGGGCGCGCCGGCGGGGCUCCGCCCCAGCGCCCGUCGCCGCCUCGGAGCUCCGCGGGCUGACCGCCCUGAGGCACAGCGCCAACGGUGGCCGCAGGAAAACAGGCCCCGUGAUCAGCUGCCAGCAGUGGCUCGCUAAGGCCGCCUACGCCACCCAAGAGAGGAGCUUCCCCAACCUGCCCCGGCGCAGCUCCUUGCCCGUUGAGGUAUUUCAUCCCGAUGAGAAGAUGAAGACGUCAGAAAGUAAA